AUGUCUCAAACAGUCAAACGAUCCCUCUCAUCUUCCCCAACUCCUUCCCCAUCCCCGUCUCCUCCGAUCACACCCAAGAAACCCAAAACCAAAAAAGGAAUCAACACCACUUCUCCUCCCAAGCAAUCACCCCGAACCAAGUCAACCACUCAAUCAAGUUGGACAAACGAGAAGGAAAAUGCAUUUAUCAAGCGAUUGGUUGAGACAGGAUAUAAGAAUAUGGAUUGGAAAUCGCUCGCUGAAGAGACUCAAAUGACAGAAGAACAAUGUAAGGAUCAAUUAACACCUGGUAGAAGUAAUUUGAGGAAGACAAUCUUGGACAUGUUCAAGUAA